UGUGAACUCCGCUAUUUCAUUCAUUCCUCAGACUAGUACAUAAACAUAAACAUACAUGAACUCUCUGUUUCACCACCCUCUUAUCUUGCGCACUCCCUCUUGUUCACACUCUCUGGCCGCCACUACAACCAUGACUAUGGCCGCCUCCCUCGCUCUACCUUCAAUUUCUUUCCAAAAGCACUCUUUUUUCAAUGGCUCUUCUACUGUUUCUUUUACUAAACUGGGAGCUCCACGCUUUGGUCGAUCUGGGGUUUUUAUGAGCGUCUCUGUUGGAAGUCAAACGCUUGUUGAUGAUGCCCUCUUUGCUGACUACAAACCCACCUCUGCUUUCUUGUUUCCUGGUCAGGGUGCACAAGCAGUCGGAAUGGGAAAAGAAGCCCAGAGUGUGCCUGCUGCAGCAAAGCUGUACGAGAAAGCAAAUGAUAUCUUAGGGUUUGAUCUUCUAGAAAUUUGCACCAAUGGACCAAAAGAUAAGUUAGAUUCAACUGUUAUAAGCCAGCCUGCCAUCUAUGUCACAAGCUUAGCGGCAGUUGAGCUGCUCCGAUCUCGUGAUGGAGGCCAACAAAUAAUUGAUUCUGUUGAUGUUACAUGUGGUCUGAGUUUGGGUGAAUAUACUGCUCUAGCCUUUGCUGGAGCUUUCAGCUUUGAGGAUGGACUUAAGCUGGUCAAACUAAGGGGAGAAGCUAUGCAGGAAGCUGCUGAUGCUGCUAAAAGUGCCAUGAUCAGUGUCAUUGGAUUGGAUUCAGACAAGGUUCAGCAGCUCUGUGAUGCAGCCAAUCAAGAAGUAGAUGAAGAUGAUAAAGUUCAAAUUGCAAAUUAUCUGUGUCCUGGGAAUUAUGCAGUCUCUGGUGGUGUUAAGGGAAUAGAAGCAGUAGAAGCCAAGGCCAAGUCAUUCAAGGCUCGAAUGACGGUACGUCUUGCUGUUGCGGGUGCUUUCCACACUGGUUUCAUGGAACCGGCUGUCUCAAGGUUGGAAGCUGCACUGGCAGCAACCCAGAUCAGAAGUCCAAGAAUACCAGUAAUAUCCAAUGUCGACGCACAGCCACAUGCAGAUCCAGAUACGAUUAAGAAGAUAUUAGCUCGUCAGGUGACUUCUGCUGUCCAAUGGGAAACAACAGUGAAGACUCUUCUCUCCAAAGGGCUGAAGAAGAGUUAUGAAUUGGGAUCAGGAAAGGUUAUUGCCGGCAUUAUCAAGAGAGUGGACAAAAGUGCAGAGAUUGAAAACAUUGCUGCUUAAAAAAAUUUCGAGUAUGAGAGACCAAUUUCAAGAUUUAGUCAACUAUUUGUUUGUAACAUUAAUAUAAUGUAUUAGGUGAGAAUAAUAAUAUAUUUCUUUGUAAACUCAAA